UUCGAUACAAUCUUGACAUCUUGAAAACAGAGCGGCACACCGCCGACGCUUUGGAAAUUUAUAAAUUAAUUAAAUAAAGAAAAGUGCUUCUAGUGCAGCAAUUUACACAGUUGGUGCAUAUAUACGACAUAAAAAUACUCUUAGAAUAUGGACCGAAAAAUGAUCGCGCCGUGGAGGGCAGAAGAAAAGGAACAAAGUGAAAAACUGCAUAAAAAGCUACAAGGCCUUUCCUUGUUAUAUCCAAUGACCGAAGAAAUGGUUAAGUUGCUGUCUUGGGACAUGUUUUUGAAGCCCAAUCAAGCAGCUUUCUUUCAAGUGAUGCAUUAUUUGUUUCGCAUUUUGGAUCCCGUAGAGUUUAAACGACGAUUCUAUUGGCCAAUUACGGACAAGAAAUCGGAGGCAAAUUUUCGGUCCACCACUGUGGAUUAUCUCAAGCAUUUAAAUGAGAAGCAUCAACUUAAUUGGACCAACAUAAAAUCCUAUCUGGUUGUCAUGCCAGGCGGAAUGAAAUUUAUCAACUUCGUCUUAGAUUUAGUGGGUUUCGUGGUGAAGGAACUGACCAAGCAAAGGGAAAAGGCGCUGAGUGUGGAUCUGGAUAUAGCUACUAUACGUGAUUUGAAUGUGCAAAGCAUGUCAGCCCAAAAUUCGUUUAUGAAGGAAUACGCCUCGGCAUAUAUUGAUGAACUGAAGCAGUUAACGGCUCGAUUUCGUCAGUGCACUCAGAAGAUUCGAGAUAUAUUCUUUGAAAUUUCGAAAAAGACGAAUGUCGAUGUGACGCUGUUGCUGGACGAUCAAUUUCUGGAGGAUUUUGAGGCGUAUAAUCGAAAAAAAUGCGAUCAGAAUAUAAAACAGCCCCUCGAGAGGAUUAGAACGCUAGAGGGACCACAGGGUGUGCUAAAAGAUGCCAUGGAUCGCUUUCUGGCCAAGCAGACGGCGUUGAAACAAAACAAGGAAUCUGCGGAUUAUGCAUUACGCAGCCUCCAAAAGUUUUUCGGCACUACAACUGGCACAGGCAAUGCAACAGGCAACGCACUGAUUUCUGCUUUAAAUGGCAUCAGCGAUACAAUCGCUGAGCACUUGGACGCUAAUGAUCACUACAGUGAAUCAAACGAGUUUGUAACCAAGGAUUUGCAAGAAUUGCGCGACAACCUCCAGCAGCUCGAGACCCAAGUGAAUGAUGUUCAAAAGAAUUUGAGAUUACGGAUCAAGGAGCACAACAACAAUAUCAGUGGAAAUGUGUCGCAAGUGAACACCUUACAGUUGCCAGUGCCAAGCACACCAAUGCGUCCUGUGAAUAGUCAACCCAUUGUCAAAGACAAUUCAGUCCUGAUAAAGUUCGUUUCCACGCCACCAAUUAAACCGGAAGGAGCAGGAGCGGUGCGAAAAGUCCAUGUUCGCUUACCGUUGCAGGAUGACUUUAAUGCCAAGCAAUUUGAGGUUACAUGCAAUAACUUGCUAGCUCCGGCUCCGCUUCGUUCAGCGCGCAAGACGAAACAACAGCAAGAUCAGUUCACGGAGUUAGACAACACUUUGAAUCGCUCCAAGAUUUUUGAUCCAAUGCAGCUGCUGCGCACAAUCAACAAAAAGUCCAAGCCAGUCGCCCAGCCGAAUCUCUCAAACUUGGGCAGCAAAUGGAAACAGUUGCAUGCCUCAUUUGGCUUUGAUGAAAGCACACUAACUGUGCCCACUUCGCCAAAGCCUAAUGCCGCCAUCGCCGAGUCUCCAUUCACUCCAUUGAAUUGCAAUGAGCAUACAAGAAUUGAGAGGAUACCACAGGCUCAAGUGGGCGAUACAAGUAACAACUCGUAUGCCAAAAGCGCUGCGGUGUUGAAAGUAUUGGAUGCAUCGCUCAAUGUACAGAAUCUCAGCACAUCGCCAUCGGGACGACUGGAUGCACUUGUGCCUGGUCCUUCGAUAGAAGGGAAAGUCAUUCCGCGUAUUCAGCUUAAUGAUCAAAUAUUAAAUGACUCACAGCAGCUGCAGUCCAAAUGCAAGGAAAUCGAUGUGAAUCAAUUUAUUGAGCUGCCUGCUAAAUUUGAUCUGAAUAUUGAAGAAUACGGGGAUAACGAUGAUUUGCUGAAUGUUAGCGACAGCGUGCUCAAAGAUAUUCCCUUUUAGUUUCGAAACUCUUUUCUUGUUUAUUAAUAUAAUAUAUUGAAAAUUGUAAAACUUACUUUUCUAAUUAAUAAUAUUUAUAUAAUUUAUGUAUAGAUAAUUUUUUUUUGCGCUUUUAACUGCCAUUAUUAAUGUUUUAAGAAUUCACACUGUUUAAAAUAAGAAUAUUUGCUUAGCAAACUGAUAAAUCAA